UCAGCUGACGGGCGGUCCGCGUGAGGAGGGGAGCUCGCCGCCGUAGCUCCCGACGCUUCCGACGCCGCCGCGGCCGCGAAGAUGGCGGCGGAAAUCCACUCGCGGCCGCAGAGCAGCCGCCCGGUCCUGCUCAACAAGAUCGAGGGCCACCAGGACGCCGUCACCGCGGCGCUCCUCAUCCCCAAGGAGGACGGCGUGAUCACGGCCAGCGAGGACAGAACAAUCCGGGUAUGGCUGAAACGAGACAGUGGUCAGUACUGGCCCAGCAUUUACCACACGAUGGCAUCUCCUUGUUCAACCAUGGCUUACCAUCAUGAUAGCAGAAGGAUAUUUGUGGGCCAGGACAAUGGAGCCAUAAUGGAAUUUCAUGUCUCUGAAGAUUUUAACAAGAUGAACUUUGUUAAGACCUAUCCAGCUCAUCAGAACCGGGUGUCUGCAGUCAUCUUCUGCUUGGGAGCAGAAUGGGUUAUCAGCACCGGUCAUGACAAGUGUGUCAGUUGGAUGUGUACUAGGAGUGGAAAUAUGCUUGGGAGAUACUACUUCACUUCUUGGGCUUCAUGCUUACAAUAUGACUUUGACACCCAACAUGCCUUUGUUGGAGACUAUUCUGGGCAGAUUACACUGCUAAAGCUCGAACAGAAUACCUCUUCAAUUAUUACAACCCUUAAAGGUCAUGAAGGCAGCGUUGCUUCCCUGUGGUGGGAUCCUGUUCAGCGGUUACUCUUCUCAGGAGCAUCUGACAAUAGCAUCAUCAUGUGGGACAUUGGGGGAAGAAAAGGCCGGAUGCUGUUGCUUCAGGGCCAUCAUGACCGGGUGCAGUCUCUUUGUUACCUUCCACUCACAAGACAGCUCGUUUCUUGUUCAUCUGAUGGGGGAAUUGCUGUCUGGAACAUGGACGUCCGAAGAGAAGAGGCUCCUCAGUGGUUAGAAAGUGAUUCUUGUCAGAAAUGUGAACAACCCUUUUUUUGGAACAUAAAGCAGAUGUGGGACACAAAGACACUGGGGUUAAGACAGCAUCAUUGUCGGAAGUGUGGGCAAGCAGUGUGUGGGAAGUGCAGCACCCGGCGUUCCACAUACCCAGUGAUGGGCUUCGAGUUCCAAGUCCGCAUGUGUGACUCUUGCUAUGACUCCGUCAAAGAUGAAGAUCGCACCUCUCUGGCAACCUUUCAUGAAGGAAAACAUAACAUUUCUCACAUGUCUAUGGAUGUUUCUAGGGGACUAAUGGUGACCUGUGGGACUGAUCGUGUUGUAAAGAUAUGGGACAUGACACCUGUAGUCGGUUGUAGUCUUGCAACUGGAUUCUCCUCCCGCUGACCUGGGACCUGGUCAGUUUAUGCACCUUAUGUACAGCAACAAGCACCAAAUGAAGUCCUUCCUGUGAAUAGCUCCACAAGUUCUGGUUGCUUGAAUAUCCAGUGACCAUUUUAAAAACAAAGUUUAAAAAAGUUUUUGUUCUGUAGGACACUCCUGGAACCACCCUGAUGCAGAUAUGUCUCUAAUCGCCUUGGUGUAGGGGUGGAUAUAAAGGAUUGUCUGUAAUGUGAGUCCUGGUAUGUUAAAAUGUCCUGAAAAAAGGAAUCAUAUGAGAAGGUUAGUGGAAAACAUUGAACAGAGACAUAAAGAACUUUCAGGAAAUGGUUCCCAUAGGAUUCUAAAUCUCCUCACAAACCAGUCUAGCCAGCUUCCCAAAGCACUUUUCUGGCUUUACAGAUUGUUGGAGCAAGAAGAGCAAGGAAGACUCAAAAUACCUGGUCUAUCUUUCUUGAGGGCCAGUGAUUGAAUUCUGAAGUGCCAGAGAGUCCUGUCUGCUGCUGGGACUGGAGUACGUUCUGUAGCAUAGUGAUUGACAAGCGUCCUCAAGGCCUCUCUUCUUCUCAGGCCGUGUAAUGGUCUACACAUAUUUUGUCACCUCUAGUCAUUUGCAGCUUUCUUACCCUCCCCCCCCCCUUUUUUUUCCUGGCUCAUAUAAAUGAGUGGCUCUUUGUAGAUGUUUGUAAGUUAGUCAUAAAUUCUCUCUGUCUCUGAAGGCAGUCCACACUUGACCAUUUACCAUCCAGCAGUUAGUUUGCAGACGUUUCUAUGGUGCUGUUAAAAUGGGAAACACACUAAGCUGACUAGCUUUUCUCAUUGCAGUGAAGAAUGAUUAUGGUACCGGCAUGAUUGUAUGGGAAACAAUCCGUGUGUCCCAUCUAACAGUAUGGUCCAUUUGACACUGAUAACUUCUUUCUAAAUUAAGAAUGUGAGGGAUUGGACUAGCAAUUCAGUGUGCACCUCAGAAGAGGGAGCUAGUGUUUAAACUUUGCAGCUUUUUUCGUGGUGGUAUUUCUUGGCACUCCUCAGACUUUGCAGUCAGCAGUAACUUGCUGAUAUGAGACCUAUCAUUUUCUGUUAGUUGCUAUAACAAAGUUUGGUGUAAAGUUCAGGUAUUGUUAAAACUUUUUAGCUAGUAAUUUCCUGGACAGUGUCAGCAUUCCAUCCAUUUUAAUAUUAAAAUAUUUAUGAUUUAUUGCCUGUUGGGCUGCAGAAAUGGGCACACUUUUUAGUAUUCUUGGUUAUACUUUUUGAAGGAAGAAUUUUAAAACAGAUGGUAAUGGUGUCUGUUCCUGUGCACUAAAGUAUUUGGAUUAAAAGGCUCUGCUAGUUCGUGGUUAAUUUUGUGGGAUUAAAAUGAGUCGCAGACUCUGUUUUAUAGUAACAGUUAAGUGGACUAUCAAAUUUAAGAAAUUUAGAUUAGAAUUAACUGUUUUAAUGUCCAAUUGAUAUGAAUUGAUAGGAGCUUGGGGGAGGGGUUUCAAAUUCAUCAUGUUUGGAAUUAGCCUUCACUUAUUUCUAAACACCAGUCAUUUUUUGGCAUUAAGUACUGUUUUGGGGUUACUAUACUUGGAAGAGGUUUUGUUUUUGAAAACUUACCACUUUCUGCAAAGGGCCCCCCAUGUUGCUUACGAAAAAUGUGGUAAUUAUCUAUAUAUAUGUUAGAUUGAAUGUUAAACAUCACAUAGUAACUUUCAUUUGAACAAAUGUUCUUCCUCUGUAUUCAACCCAUAUGAAGGUGGAGUCCUGGGGAUCUGAUUGGUCCUUACAAGGAAAAUAGCAUGAUUGACUCUUUGCUAUGUUGAAAAGUACUGAACUCUGAUUUUGUUUUUUCUUAAACUUUCAAAAAAAUGUCAUGUUUCUUCCCUGUGAUAGACAGGACACAUUAUCAGGGCUUUAGGCAGGACUAUACAGUUUUGAAACGAUUUCCAUUUUUGAGAUACUUAAUGAAAAAUCAAAUGUUCCAGAGAGUGACAUGAUGUUGCUAUAGCAACUCCUAAGGUAUUUAGUUAAUAUAAAUUUAUUUAGUUAAUAUAAAUCAGGGAAGAAAUGGAUGUUAGGCAAAAAUGAGUGUAGACUAUCUAGGGAAGGCAAAGGAAAAUGGUUCAUUUUUUUUUUUUACUUGAGUUUUUAUUUUUAAACAAAACCCCCACCUUACAGAAAUGUCUUAUCACUAUCACAAAUUCAGUGGCAAAAAUGUGUAAGGAAUACUGUUUAGAGAAACACAAAUUAUUUCCUGAAUUUUACUAGUUGAAAAUGGUACUGGUAAGGUUAUAUUAUAGACACUUCAUUAAUUUUAUGUGGGGGCAGCUAGGUAGUGCAGUGGAUAAAGCACCGGGUCUGGAUUCAGGAAGACCUGAGUUCAAAUCCGGCCUCAGACACUUAACACUUACUAGCUGUGUGACCCUGGGCAAGUCACUUAGCCCCCGUUGCCCCCCCCCCCCCAAAUUCCUUAAAUAAAAAAAAAAGAUUUAAAUACAUUUUUAUGUGUAGAUAAGAGAGGGUUAUUUCAAAUUUUUCAUAAAUAGCAGUUCAUUGAUCUCUUCCUUCCUACAUGCUCACACUCAUAAGCAUUAUUAGGAAUUUCAAACUCAUAAUACUGGGGAAGGAGAUCCCUGUGUUAAGCUCUAGUAGAAAGUGCUGUGAUGAAGAAAGACCAAUUGCUUAUUUAAUACAAAUCUUUAAUUUCCCUGUGUCAGUCUUAGUGGUAGGGCCAAUCCACUUAGCUCCUUGGCAUCACGUAGAUGUAGAUGAUUCAUAACUUCAGAAAUCUCUCUAAGAGUGUGUCCUAGUUCCUAUUUUGCUGUCUAGGGCAAUUAAAAAUUAUUAUAGCACUUUCCAGUUCUUAUUCUCUUCCUGAAGAAUAUAAGUGAGUUGUAUCUUAAAUUUUCAGUCGUUUAAACUUGCCCCAAUUGUGGUUAAAAUAUAUAUAUAUAUAUACAAAAAUAGUGGUUAAAACCUAAGCAGGUAUUUUCUAAAACCAAUUUGCAUUAAAAUAACAUCUAUUUAAGUUACUGAUUCUGUUACCUUCAAAAAUUGAACAAACUAAUUGUUGCUCUUGGUGAAAUUACUCAUUAUAAACUUGAAGUUUAAUGAUGAGUAAUGUGUAGUAUAUGUAUUCAAGUGUCUAAUGCUUUGUUGUUAAAUGCAAACGAUUAUUGAAUGCCUACUGUAUUUUCUGCAGUUUACUAUACAAUACCAGUUUAAUUGUGUAAGAAAUUUGUAUUUAGGAUACAAUUUUAAGUGUUUUUUUUUCUUGUAGGGUCUUUUUUGAAUGGAGGAGUGUAGGGUACUACUAAGUAGUGUACUUUAGUCUCUUACAAGCUAUGUUUCUGCAAGAUACUCUGCCCUGCAUAACUCGGAGAGACUAGAUAAACUUUUCGCCUUGCUCCUCACUAUUUGUGGGUUUUGUUUUUGUGGGGGGGUUUUGGAAUACAUGUACAAUAAAAUAUGUUUCUUGCUUGUU